AUGAAAUUCUCCUUGGUUAUCGGUGCGUUGGGCGCCUUGACAGCGACCGUAUCGGCCGUUAAGGUGAACCCACUUCCCGCGCCCCGCAACAUCACUUGGGGGACAUCCGGCCCGAUCGCUGUUAAGGAGCUCAUCCUCCGCACCAACGAGAGCCGAAACCAUACCCAUACCGUCCUCACCGAUGCCUGGAUUCGCGCCUGGUCGACUAUCACCACCUUACAAUGGGUCCCCGCUGCUAUAGAGGCUCCAAUUGCGACAUAUCCACCAUUCCCGACCGGCGCAGGGUUGACCAAGCGUGGUGCCCAGGCGAUUCAGUCCGUCCAGCUUACCGUGGUUGAUAGCGACGCCGAUUUGCAGCACGGAGUCGACGAGUCUUAUACUUUGGAGGUGAAGGAAUUGACCGGUAGUGUCAAGAUCCACGCGCAGACCGUUUGGGGUGCGCUACACGCGUUUACCACGCUCCAGCAGAUCAUUAUUUCGGAUGGCAAGGGAGGACUGAUUAUUGAGCAACCAGUUUAUAUCCAGGAUGCACCCCUCUACCCUCAUCGAGGUAUCAUGGUGGAUACCGGACGUAACUUUAUCACUGUUCCCAAGAUUCUGGAGCAGAUCGAUGGCAUGUCUCUAUCCAAGCUCAACGUUCUGCACUGGCACUUGGACGAUGCUCAGUCCUGGCCUAUGCACAUGGAAGUCUACCCCGAAAUGACGAAGGAUGCAUACUCUCCCCGCGAGACCUAUACCGCGGCUGACAUGCGCCGAGUUAUGGCCUACGGUCGUGCGCGUGGUGUUCGCAUCAUCCCAGAGGUUGACAUGCCAGGGCACUCAGCUUCUGGUUGGCAACAAGUUGACCCAGAGAUUGUGGCCUGCGCAAACACGUGGUGGUCAAAUGAUGUAUAUGAAUACCACACCUCCGUGGAGCCUAACCCAGGUCAGCUAGAUAUCAUCUACAAUGGCACCUACGAGGUUGUCCGCAAUGUGUACAAUGAGUUGUCCGAGAUCUUCACGGAUAACUGGUUCCACACCGGAGCCGAUGAGCUCCAGCCCGGCUGCUAUAACUUCAGCACCUACGUUACUGAAUGGUUCUUGGAAGACCCUUCGCGCACUUACAAUGACUUGGCUCAAUACUGGGUUGACCACGCCGUGCCUAUCUUCCGCGACGCUGGUGAAGAACGCCGCAUCAUGAUGUGGGAGGAUAUUGCGUUGUCCACCGAGGCUGCCCAUGAUGUGCCCAAGGACAUUGUUCUGCAGACCUGGAACAAUGGAUUGACCAACAUCCAGAAUCUCACAGCCCGAGGAUAUGAUAUCGUUGUGUCUUCCUCCGACUUCCUGUACCUUGACUGUGGCCACGGUGGCUUCCUGGGCAACGAUCCUCGCUACGAUAUUAUGUCGAACCCAAGCGGUGCCGUUGACUUCAACUACGGAGGUAACGGUGGUUCCUGGUGUGCACCAUACAAGACCUGGCAGCGCAUCUACGACUUCGACUUCACCACAAACCUCACAGAAACCGAAGCGAAGCAUGUCCUGGGUGCCGAGGCUCCUCUCUGGUCUGAGCAAGUUGACGACGUGACCAUCUCCAGUGAGUUCUGGCCUCGGGCUGCUGCACUGGCUGAACUCGUCUGGUCCGGUAACCGUGACGCCAAUGGCCAGAAGCGGACCACCCUUCUUACCCAGCGUCUGCUGAACUUCCGCGAGUACCUGGUCGCGAAUGGUGUUAUGGCCGGCGCCUUGAUGCCCAAGUACUGUUUGCAGCACCCGCAUGCUUGUGAUCUCUACUACAACCAGACUGUCAUUACCUGA